AUGACAGCAAAAUUGACAACCACUCCUCCCACCACAAUAAAAAUCACUACCCCAGGAACGUGCCAAAAUGGGGGUACUUGGACUGGAAAAUACUGCAAGUGUCCCGAAGGUUACAGUGGAAGUCACUGUCAGCUUCUUGUGCCCAGUCAGUGCCAAAAUGGGGGCAACUGGAAUGGGAGCCAUUGCAUCUGUUUUGUUCCUUAUUCCGGCCCCAAAUGUGAACGGGUUGAGGAAACGGUGACAAUUGAGACGCCACCAGAGAACGUCACCGCCAAUGUGGAGGUGACCGUGAAGGUCACAAGCCAGGAGUACACAGACGAUCUUCAAAACACGUCCUCGGAGGCCUACCAGAAUUUUGCGAAAACCUUUGAAGAUUUCAUGAAAAAUAUUUACCAGCAAAUCGAAGAAUAUAAAGGUGUGGAGAUUAAAAACCUAAGUAAAGGCAGCAUCGUGGUGGAUUAUAAUAUCAUCUUGGAGACGAAAUUCACCCCCCAGUACAAGAAUAUUAUUGCGAACCUUUCCAAGGCAGUUGAGGAGACGAUCAUAAAGGUCACCCAAGAGACGAAUAGCAACUGCUCAACAAUGAAUCUGUGUGUGUCUUUCUCCCUAGCUUCGUUGUGCUUCAAUCCUGAGGCUACCAAGGUGAAGGAACUGACAUUUACUUACGAUCCUGAGAAGGAAUGCAGAGAUAAGGUCGGGAAGGAUUUAGCCUCCUUCUACUCCAUCACCUAUGUGAAUGAGCAGCCCAAGUGCCUCAGCAACUGCAGCAGGGAGUCCUCCUGGUUCGUUCAGUGCAACUGGGGACAGUGCCGGCUGGAACGAAGCGGCCCCCGCUGCUUCUGCUUAACCACGGACACCCACUGGUAUCAGGGUUCGCGCUGUGAGCACAGCGUGAAGAAGAGUGUGGUGUACGGAGGGGUGGGGGCGGCCGGAGCCGUGCUUCUGGUGGUCAUCGCUCUCUUCUCCGUCCACACGCUCAGAGUCCAGAGGACCAGACGCAGGGAGAAGGACAGAGAGGACAGGCACUGGCACGACGACAAGGAGAAAGCGCAGGGGACCUUCAACAACGAGGGCUUCGACAUGUGGGAAGCUCAAGACUUGGACGAGGACUCCCCCUACUACUUCCAGCUGGCGCUGGGAAACAUCAACCCGAAGGAGAAGAUUCACAUCCAGAGGCCUGAAGUGAUGAUGACAACACUCUGAGGGGAGAAGAAGUUUCACCAGGAUCGAAGGGCACCCGGCACCCCCUCUCCCUCUUCUCUCGCCGAGAGGACGGGUCACCUCAAUCGUCUUCAGCCCAAAAACGCCUCUGCUCCGGAUGGUGACCGGACGUCUUCUCCGCAGCCGUCCGCAACCUCUCCCCGCCGUUGUCAGCUGUCUUCUCUCCAGAGCUGGGUCUGUGAGGGGAGGGCCGGUCCCCGAGAGAGCUGAGACUGGGAGUGAAGAACGGAGGGUUGUUCAGAGGGAACGGCUGAGGGCUGGAGGAGGAGAGCACGUCAUCUCAUCGUCUCGCCCCGAUUUCCGAGCCUGGAGCCGGACGGGGCCGGACGGUCCCCCGGGAUUCUUCCACUCUCCGACUGGACCAACCCGGUCCCGGUGGUUCCGGAAUCCGAAUCCUCCCAUCGGACCGUUGUAACCUUCCCUCCGCGCCCUCCUCAUCUCCGGCCUCCGCCUCCCGGGCUCGGGGCUGGUUCCUAAAGCCGUCUUCUUCAUCCCUCUUCCCCUACGGCCCCCAGCCUCCCCCCCGAACCGGGAUUAAGACCCUCUCGUCCUCCCCCUUAGAUUCCAGGCCCUUCCUUCCUCCGUCGCUUCUCGGAAGUCUUAUUCAUCCCUUCUUCGGGCCUUCCUCGCCUUCCUUCUCCACCAUCGUCUAGGACGGGUUCCCUCUUGACAUCAACGGGGAAACCCUCCUCCCUUUCCUCUCUCCCCUCCUCUCCCCCCGCCUCCCUCCCAGCCCUCUAGGUUUCACUGAACCUGAAGUUGAGACCGGUCCCUUAGCCUCAGUGAGUAUAGAGAAUCCCUGUGACCGCUGGCCACCAUUUUGGAGCUGCCCUGCAUCCGCUGGCUGCCAUUUUGGAGUUCAUUCAAUAGUAUUUAUUUAUUGAGCGCUUACUAUGUGCAGAGC